UUCAAUUUUUUCUCUUUAGAUUUCACAAUAAGUUUUCUCUCUCUAAAACUUACAUGCCAAGUUGUAACCUUUUUUCAAAAAAAUUGAGUGUAUUUUGCCAUUCCAGCUGUUGCAAAACCAGGCUACUGAACAAAGAAAGCCAUAAAUUUUAUCCCCACUUGAAAUGAACAUUGAUCAAAACAUGAACCAUAUUCAGUUAAUCAAUUUCACAAGUUUCUUACUUCAAUUUCACGUGUCAGUGUGAUUGAAUUUUUGUUUGCUCCUACUUGAAUUUUUUUUGUCCAAACCUUGUUCUCCCACAUGGCAGUGGUGGAAGAUGGGGAUAAAAGGCCCUCACAGGAUCAGAUUUUAGACACAUCAAUCUCGUCGGCGAAUAAGAUGAGUAGCAAUAAGGAUUACACCAGAGAUCUCAUCAACAAGUUCAUCGCCGAAGCUGUUGAGGCUGAACAACGUAGCCGCUGUCGUGUUCCUUUACCGACAGCGAGACAUGUUCAGCCGCAUGUUCAGCCACAACCACUGCAUGUUCAGCCACAACAACCGCGGUUGGAUGCUGAGAAAAUUGACGGUGAAAGUGAAGAAAGUUAUGAACUAAGUCUUGGACUUUCAUCGAACGGUCGAUUUGGGUAUGACCCGAAUGCGAGAAAGAUCGAAAGAGCUGCAUCGAUGAUUCCGGCAACAGCAGGUGGGUCUGGUGCUGGUGCUGAUGCUGGAAAUUUGACAAGAACAUGUUCGUUACCGGUGGUGAAACCGGCUGAGACUCGAGAAGAAUGGUUAAGGAGAAAGGAAUUGCAAUCGCAGAGGAGACUAGAAGCUAGGAGAAGGAACAAGGAGAAGAGGAGACAUUCAAGGGCUGCCAGAGAAAGAAACUCUCGCAGUGCUGAGAGGGGUGCUGAGAGAGGUGCUGGAAGUGAAGGUGGUGGUGAGAAUAGUAAUAACAACAACCCAGUGGAACAAGGUGCUAAUGCUGAUGGUUUGAUUCGAACAACCUCGUUGGUUCGUGCUGAUGGUUUGAUUCGAACAACCUCGUUGGUUCGUCGUGUUGGCGGAAUUGUCUUGAACAAGGAGAAAGAUCAAGUGGUUCCUAUUUCACCGCCGACGAGCGGUGGUUCUUCUGGUACUUCAUCUGAAGUUCAACUUGGUCAAGGAACAAUUCCAAUGGAUACUCAAAACUCGAACUUGAACUCGGGCAUUGUUGGAUCUCUAAACCAACCAAUAAUUCUGAACUUGCUUGUAUGCCCGAGCUUGGGCAUGUUUGCUGGACCUCAAAACAAAACAAAGGCCGGAAACUUUCUUGAGGGAUCGAGCUCCAUCAAGAUUGUUGGGCCUCAAAACCAUCUUGUUGGGCCUCAAAACCAAACAAUGGCCGCAAAGAGCCCACUUGACGAAAUGCCAAGUGUUAUUACCAAAAGAACCGGACCUAAUGGAAGAAGAAUUGAAGGUUUUCUUUACAAGUAUGGAAGAGGCCGUAGAAAUGUGAAAAUUGUGUGUGUUUGCCAUGGAAGUUUUCUCACUCCUGCUGAAUUUGUGAGGCAUGCUGGUGGAGGUGAUGUGCUUAAUCCACUUCAAGAGAUCAUUGUUAAAAGUUCAAGAUAACUUGAGAGAGGAUAUAAGAAAGUAUGAUGAGAGUGAUCAUAUAUUUUAAUUUAAGUAAUAAUUUAUAUGUUCACUCUUAGACUUUUGAAACCUUGAAUGUGAAGAUUUGGAACUUGUGUUUUAAGGUAUUUUAUUAGCUUUGUUGUUAUGUUUAUGACUUGAGGAACCUCUAAGAGGGAACAAAUGGUACUUUGCUAUGGUUUAAGCUUUAUAUGUAAAUUACCUUUUAUUUUGUUUUA